CUAUCUUUGCGACUUAUUUUUCAUUAUCAGUUGCAUUACUUCAUUAUCAUGUGAUGAAAAACAGCUGAGUUUUUUUCACCUCUCGGUUCACCUCAAGAAAGGAAGCAGAAAUCAAAUAGUCAAAUCAGCUUUAAUAAGCUCUCCUUAAUGGAAACAUUUCAAAAUCUUCCACUUGAAAAAAAAUAUGAGAGCAAACAACGAAGAAUUCAGUAAAUGGCUGCUAGCAAUCGGAAAUGGAAAGAAAGAAAUAGUUGAAUUUCCAUCAGAAAUGAUAUGUAAUGAAAACAUUGUUGAUAGCAUUUUUAAAGAAUAUAACGAAGAAACAUUAAAAACGUCAAUACUUCUUGCAUCCAGAAAUUGUGAAGUUGACAGAUUGAAUGAAGAAGUACUUUCAAAAAUGGAAGGAGAAACAAUUGUGAGUGAAGGAUUCAGUUGGGCAACUGCAGUGGACGGAGACCUAACGGACCAAAACGAGUUAACUCUAAGAUAUCAACCAGAAUACUUAGCUUCAUUGAACCCUUCAGGAAUGCCAAGUCAAAAUUUAAAGUUAAAAGAAGGAGCAGUGGUUAUGUUACUAUGCAACAUUUGUAUGGAGGAUGGAUUGUGCAAUGGGACAAGAUUAAUUGUCUUAAAAAUAAACAAAUACAUUUUGCAUUGCUCAAUUUUAACAAGAGAAAAUAAAGGAAUAAUAGUUGCACUACCAAAAAUGACACUUAACACAAAAGAAGAAACAAACCUACCUUUUGUUUUGAAUAGGAAACAAUUCCCCGCCCAA